AUGAACCCCGACAAGGACGUGCACACCGGAGGUUGGAUGGACGAUGCAUUGUCGUACUUGAAGGGGGCAUGUGCGGCUUCGUGGUGGACGGACUUGCUGAUACACUGGCGGAGGUUCGAGCAGAGGAUGAGUACCCUCGAGUGUCAGGGUUCGAGAAGAUUCCUCUCCACUAAAGGCCGUCCCGAGGAAGUCAAAUUCUGGAUCAGCCAUGGGCGUAACUACACCAAACCUCCCAAGAUCGCCAACCUGUCGCUGUUCAUCAGUGCUCUCACUCAUUGGUGGUGGCGUCUUCAGCCAGAGUGCCGUCGAGUCGACGACGGAUAUUGGCCACUCUCUCGUGACAUCCCCGUCGGCACUCGUUGGGGCGAACUUCAACUCGGCGGGCAAAAUGGCUUGUUUAUGGUCAUCAUGUCCCUCUUGUGGUGG